CCUAGCAUCCGAAACGAUAACAACAAUAGCGAACACAGCGACGACGUGUGUUCGCAUCUCAGUCAUUCGAACACUUCCGCGAAGUUUCUUCCCAUAUUUUUGUUUUUUUUUUCAUUGCGCCAGUGAUUCGCGCGCGCCCACGUGGAUUCAAUCUCGCGCAUACUGACCGAUGAAACAGCGAAAUGAUUGAACAGUGCACUCAGAUCAGUUCAACGAAUUCCGUUGAAAUUAAUGUCGAUCGCAGUGAUUAGGCCGCAGAAGUAGUGUUCAGUUCUACUUUGUGAUAUUCAGAGCAUAGUUUCGAGAGGCUCAGUCAGUGGUUGCUUGCAAUAUUGUGAGAAAAAAAAGAAAGAUAGAAAGGUGUAAAGCUCAGAAAAGUCAACAACAAUAUCCAGUUCAUAGGGGAAAGUUUUUCUCCUGGUUGAAAUACUAAACAGGCGACGGUUCAAGAGAAAGCAACUGUGUUUGGCGAAGCACAGAAGAGGAGGAAGCCCAUAUGAAUGUGACUGACCUUGAUGUUCGUUUCGGUUGCUGAAUGGAUUGGAGAUAGACCAAAUUUCCGACGUCGCGGCGUUCGUCAUCGUUUGUUUUACAUUUUAUGUUUUGGUAUAUGUCGGGGCGUCGACUUUCGUCGGUUGCAAUCAAUUAUGACUAAUACACCGAAUUGUGGAAUGAGAUGUUAGUGACGGUAUAUUUUCGAAGCAGAAUACAUUGGUAAUUAAAAUAUACGAAAUUUCGCGUUGUUUCCAAAAGGAGCACGCUCACAACAAACGAAGCAAUUGUUCGGAUAACUGCCCAAGUGCGCGAAAAGUCUCGUGGUCUCGUGGAAGAAGAAGCUACUCGUGGUUAUUGGAAUACAACUAACGGGAAUAAAACCGGGAAACUGCGACCGCAAUAAUCUGAGAUUGGUUUUUCAACCGCGUCUCUCAUCAGCGCAUGUUAACUGUUGCGUGCCUUCUUCUGUGGAUCAGGUUCGAGCCGUUUGCGCAAUGGAUAAGCAAAGCGUUGCGCUAAUCACAGUAUUUCUGUUUCUCGUAAUAGAGAUAAACACUGCCCUCGGGAUUAAAUGUUUCCGCUGCACGGUGGCGCCACCGAAUCGGUACGCUAACAACACGAAAACCCAGUUGUGUUCCAAAUUCGACCACUCCGAUUACUAUACCGUUGAUUGCCCGUGGUCAACGAUGUGCGUGAAGCGUAUCUUUAAGCUCCAGCUGUUGAAAGCCGAGCAGGAAACCAUCAGUCGUGACUGUGCACAGCAGAAAAAUACCGAACAGAUUUAUAAAAACGGUAACUGGACCAAGGAACACCACAUCGAGGAGCCGUACGAGGAAGGAUGUCAAACGAUAGACGAUUCCACUUAUUGCUUCUGCCGGGGGUCUUUGUGCAAUUCCGCAACCACGGUCGAUAAAAACAGCUACCAUACGGACGCGAUGGCAGUCAUUUUUGUGUUCAACGUGAUGCGAUACAUACGAAAUAUUGAUUACUGACGACCGUGACACGAGACAUUAAGUUUCAAAUACUCGUAGUUUCGAAUUUUGCAGAGCUUAGCUAGAGGUUGAUAGAUUUGAACUAAAGUUUCUUUUAAAUUCCGCGAAUAGUAUUAGUAGAACGAUACGGAAAAUACGACGAAACUUUAAUUCUAUUUACACGACGUGCUGUUUACAUACAUUACACGGAAUAUUUUGUUUAUUUUGUGAAAGUUGUCGAUAACGGCUUUCGAGGUAGAUGUUUUGUAGAUUUUCCAAUUAUUUCAUUAGUUUUUAGCAGAAAAACAAAUGUGCAAUGGAAUUGGAAUGUGGGUCACAUUCCGAUUCUGUGAAGGCAUGCCUUUGUCCAUGGAGUUGUUUUCUAGAACACUUUGAUUAUAUGGAGAGACAUGAUGACGUAAUGACUGAUACGUUUAGAUCGAUCGUAAAUAAUACAUCUGUUGUUACACUCGAAAUAUUGUUUUCCGUUUUUAAGUUUAUUGUGAUAUAUAAAUGUAACGAUAACAUGAUAAAA